UCUCAACCUUUUUCUCUCCCCGAAUCCACCGGAGACUCUCCUCGGUCCAUCUUUCUCUGCCGCCAGCAGUUAAAGUGUGCAGAUAUGGCUACCGAGGAAGCUGUUCCUACGGCUAACCAAGUCUCUGAUGCUUUUGUUCAACAAUACUUUAAAAUUAUUGAACAAUCCCCUGAGAACGCUCGUAGGCUUUAUGCUGAUGCUAGUGUUGUCACCAGACCAGGACCUGAUGGUUCUAUGAUCUCUUUUAAAUCCGCUGAGGCUAUCAACGAGCACUUCGUCUCCAGUGGCUAUGAGAGCACUACGUUUGAGGUCGUGAGUAUUGACUCUCAGAACUCGGUGAAAGAUGGGAUCUUUAUAAUGGUGGUUGGUUUCUCGACUGGCAAAGACAAGAGUAAGAGGAAGUUCUCUCAGAUGUUCUAUCUGGCACAUGACGCUGGUCACGAGAACCCGAAUUCCUACAGUGUCUUUAAUGACAUCUUUCGCUAUGUUGCCGAGGAGGCCUCCGCUCCUGUAACUUUACCAGCUGCUGAAUCUGUGGCAGAAACUGAGAUAGCGAAGCCAGCUAAAGCUGUGGAGAGAUCUGUUAAUGCUGCUCAAGUCAAGAAGGUUGCUGCUCCUUCAUUGGCCAAUGGAAAUAUCAAGCACUCUGAUGAGAAAGCUGUUGCUGCGCCUGUGGAUGGAGCCAAGGUGUCUUAUGCUGCAAUGGUUCAAACAAUGGCGAAAAACGCUGCUCCUUUCCAAGUCAAAGCUGCGUCUGUUCAGGUUCAGACACCUAAACACGUUGCACAGCCACGUGCAGUUGCUGCUGCAUCACCUAAAGCACCUGCUGCUGCUCUCAGUAAAUCUGAGAAGAGGAGUGAUUACAAGAACAAGAGGAUCAUUGAAGAGCCAGGCACUUCAAUCUUCGUGGCGAAUCUUCCAUUGGAUGCAGUGUCGCCUCAGCUCCAUGACCUGUUCAAGGAUUUUGGUCCAAUCAAAGAACAUGGUGCCCAAGUCAGAAGCUCAAAGGAAACCGGAUAUUGCUUUGGGUUUGUUGCCUUUGAAUCCACUGCCUCUGUCCAGAGCGUGCUUAAGGCUGCCAAGAGCCAUCCCUUCUGGCUUGGAGACCAUAAGCUUCGUGUAAAGGAGAAGCAAGUGGACUAUGAUGGAAGCAGACAAUCCGGUGGGAGAAACGGAGCUGGAGGACGCAGGGCUGCUCAGAAUGGGUCUGCUUCUGCUAACGGCGGAGAUGAGUUCAAGACUGUAGGCAAACCUUCUGGUGGAAAAACCGGAAACGGAAACGGAAGUGUGACUCAGAACGGCUCUGCUUCUGCUGAGGGCGGAGAUGAUGAUGAUUUCACGGUGGUGGUCAACAGCCGUAAGAGAGGUAACAGAAACGAGAGACGAGGAGACAAUAACAACAACCAGAGAAGCAGUGAAGGAGUGGUUAAAGCUUGA